UCCAUCAUUGAAUCAGAUUAUUAAUGGAAAUCAACCAAUGUACAUGAAGCAGUAGUCACGCACCGAUCUACCGUGUGUAUAUCUAUGAUCCGUACGAAACGGCGCGUGCCACGUAGACGUCGCUGUGGUUACUUGUAGUACGUGGUACUUGCAGCGUUUAUUUUAUCAGUGCGUUCCGUGUGCAGGUUACCUGGUGUGUUUAAACUGGUGUCUUCAGUACGCGCUCAGGUGCCAGUGCGCAGAAAUGUUACUCGCAUGUUGGACUUGGUUUUGCACGUCUCUGCUGUCCUAUGCCAGUGGAGCAAAACUCCCGGAUCCAGAGGUUGAAAUCGAAGUUCUGAGCAAACCUUUCAUCUGCCGCCGCAAGUCGAAAUACGGGGACAUCCUGCUGGUCCAUUACGCGGGCUUUCUGGAGAACGGCACCAUGUUCCACUCCAGCCGUCUCCAUGGAGAUAAGAACCCAAUAUGGUUCACGCUGGGGAUUCGCGAGGUGAUCCGGGGCUGGGACAAGGGUUUGCAGAACAUGUGUGCAGGGGAGCGCCGAAAACUCACUGUCCCGCCCAGUCUGGCCUACGGCAAGGAGGGGAAAGGGAAGAUUCCACCGGAGAGCACGCUGGUCUAUGAUAUCGAGGUGAAGGAGAUUCGCAACGGGCCCAGAUCACACGAGUCCUUCCAGGAGAUGGACCUGAACGAUGACUGGAGGCUCUCAAAACAAGAGGUGUGUGUGUGUGUGUGUGCAUGUGUGUGUGAGGGUGUGUGUGUGUGUGUGUAUGUGUACGUAUGUAUGUGUGUGUGUGUGUGUGUGUGCAUGUGUGUGUGAGGGUGUGUGUGU